ACUUCUACUGAGAUUCUCUUCCAAGCCACAAGACAUUUCCUGCUCGGAACAUUAACUACCACAGCUUUUAAGACCCUGCAUUGAAAAUGCAAGCUCAGGUACCAGUGGUCGUUGUGACUCAACCUGGAUAUGGUUCUGGUCCUGCACCCCAAAACUCCAACUGGCAGACGGGAGUAUGUGAUUGCUUCAGCGACUGUGGAGUCUGUCUCUGUGGCACGUUUUGUUUCAUCUGCCUUGGGUGUCAAGUUGCAGCUGACAUGAAUGAAUGCUGUCUGUGUGGAACAACUGUGGCAAUGAGGACUCUCUACCGGACCCGAUAUGGCAUCCCUGGGUCUAUUUGUGAUGACUAUAUGAUGACCUUAUGCUGUCCCUAUUGUUCUCUUUGCCAAAUCAAAAGAGAUAUCAACAGAAGGAGAGCCAUGCGUGCUUUUUAAAAAAGUGGUGGUGAAGAGAUGUCUCUGAAACAACUACAGUCAGAGGACAACUCUUCAGCUGGAGUACGAAUCCAUCUUAACAAGUGAAAUCUGAUGGAUAGAUUGAAUUACAAUCACUGGCAUUGAAAAAAUCAAAUUUUUGAUUUAUUUUAAAUGAAUGUUGUCUCAAUUUUGCUCAAUCGUCCGGCUUAUUUUUUCCUUGCUUUCCUUCAUAUUAUCAAAUUUUCUUGCUAAUAAUUUUUUGAUACUACAUUUAAAAGAUAAACCAAAUAAAAGAGUUUACUAAUAAGA